AUGGAGGACGGUAGUUUCGAUCGUGCUCAAGCCCUACCGACGCCCCUUUGCCCACCCGCCGGGGAUCGAGAACGGAUCGAUCGCAGCCACUGGCAACGCAUUGCCACCAGGCUAGACUGCCAAAGCGCUAGUGGAGCAUGGGGGCCAAAUGGGUUGCCUGCGGAGAUAGGUUUCACCCACUCACGUUUUGCAGGCAAUCGGCCAUCAAAAGUUAAAGUUGUCCUGAAAAUCUGCCGAGACGAAACAGGGUAUAGUUACCUAUGCCCAAACGAUACAAAUACGGCCUGUUCUCCAUUGCUCUGUUCUGAUUACCCAGAAGAACACCGUUCCCAUAUCCACAACUUGGGUCUGGCGUGUGUAGGAGGAGAAAAAACAAGCGAAACUAAUCAAAGUGUCAAGGUUUCCAAGUCCAGGAAACGACGUCCCAAUAUUCACAAAUUCUAA